AUGGACGAGAUGCAAUCCCACCAUGACCACACGAACCAGGCUCAUAACAGCAGCACCAUGUCGGACAGCACGACAAUGACAAUGCCGGCCAUGACAAUGGCCAUGACCUUCUCAUCCAGCACGACCGUCACGCUCCUCUUCCCGGGCUGGACGACGACGACGCCGGCCGCCUACGCCGGGGCGCUGGUGCUCCUCUUCGCGCUCAGCGUCUUCCACCGCUUCCUCGGCGCGGUGCGCGCGCAACUGGAAAGGACGGCGUGGUGGCAGGCGCAACACGGCUAUGAUGACGAUAAUAAUAGAGCAACAGUAACAACAUCGGCCGAGAGGAAGAAGGUUGGCUCGGCUGGGUGGUGGUGGCGCCGGGUGAGGAGGCUGAGUGGUGGUGGUGGUGGUGUCGAUAAACGCGUUCUCGACGAUGACGUCGAAGGCGGUGCUGCCUCGGAGGAGGAGAGGGAGCCGCUCUCGCCCAGGCCGGUUUCAUCUGCCGGAAUGGCGGUGGCGGUGGCGGAUGGCUACGGAGACGACGAGAAGGAGAAGAAAGUUAAAGCGGCGGCAGGGUUCUGGACGCCGAGCGGGCCGUGGCGGGUGGGAAGGGACGGGCCCAGAUCGACGUUAGAGUGCGGGAGGGCGGCGUUGGGCUAUCUGCUGAUGUUAGCGGUUAUGACGUUCAAUGUUGGAGUUUUCGUCGCCGUGAUCGGUGGGAUCUUGGUGGGCGAAUUGGCGUUUGGAAGAUGCGCCUCGGACAAUAUCCACGCGGUCAUGACGUUGCCGAUGAAGCUCGGACGCAGUUCAGCCGUGUCGACCUGGGAGAAGUAUAUCAGUUCUGCAAUUUCAAAAGCCCACCGCGGCCCAGUUAAUGUCGUGUGGGACGCCUUUUACUAUGGCAAAUUCGCCGCUCAGCUGAUAUUUAGCGUGGUGUAG